GAAUGUGAGUCUGGUAACGAUUAUAAUGAUCAGUUUAUGGGUAUCAGAAUUUCCUCAAUUUUUGUCAUUCUCGUCACUUCCACUUUUGCUGCCUUGUUUCCCGUUCUUUCUUCUAGAUACUCCUUUAUCAAAUUACCAAGCUGGUGUUUCUUCAUCUGCAAGUAUUUCGGUACUGGUGUAAUAUUGGCAACAACUUUCAUCCACUUAUUAACUCCUGCUGUGGAAUACUUGGGCCACGAAUGUCUCGGUGGUACUUUUGCUGAAUACCCAUGGGCCUUUGCCAUCACUUUCAUGACUCUCGUCAUCCUUUUUUUCAUUGAAAUGGUUAUCUACCACUACAUUAAAAACUUUUCAAAUUCUUCUUCAGCCCCUGUUUCUCAACCUCUAAUUGAAUCAAACCAAGACUCAAUCGAUGAAGACAAAAAAGUCUCUCUUGAUAAGGACUUGGAAAAUUCAAAAAUCGACCCAACUGACUUGGGCUCUUUUACUGGUCAAUUAAUCAGUAUCUUUGUUUUGGAAUUUGGUAUUAUCUUCCACUCUGUCUUUGUUGGUUUGGCUUUGGCCGUUUCUGGCGAUGAAUUCAAAACUUUGUAUGUUGUUAUUGUCUUCCAUCAAGUGUUUGAAGGUCUUGGUUUAGGUGCAAGAAUUGCCAUCACUGACUGGCCAAAGGAAAAAAGAUUUACUCCAUAUGUCUUAGCUCUUGGUUAUGGUCUUUCAACCCCAAUUUCUAUUGCUAUUGGUUUAGGUGUCAGAAACUCUUAUUCUCCAGGCUCAAGAACUGCUUUGAUUACAAAUGGUAUCUUUGACAGUAUUUCUGCUGGUAUCUUAUUAUAUACCUCCAUUGUUGAAUUAAUGGCCCACGAAUUAUUAUUCACAGAAGAAUUUGACAAUAAACCAGAAGACGCUUCCCAUAAAGGUACAAAGAAAAUGUUUGCUGCUUAUGGUUUACUUUGCCUUGGUGGUCUCUUAAUGGCUUUACUUGGUAAAUGGGCUUGA